AUGGCUGACGACCCCGAAUACAACGCCGAGGAGGCUGCCGAGCUCAAGAAGAGAAGAGCGUUCCGCAAGUUCCAGUAUCGCGGAAUCGACCUCGAGGCUCUCCUUGACCUCGACUCUGAGCAGCUCCGCGAUGUCGUCCACGCCCGUGCCCGCCGGCGCAUCAACCGCGGUCUCAAGCGCCGCCCCAUGGGCUUGAUCAAGAAGCUCCGCAAGGCCAAGCAGGAGGCCAAGCCCAACGAGAAGCCCGACCUCGUCAAGACCCACCUCCGUGACAUGAUUGUCGUCCCCGAGAUGAUCGGCUCCGUCAUUGGCAUCUACUCCGGCAAGGAGUUCAACACCGUCGAGAUCAAGCCCGAGAUGGUUGGUCACUACCUUGCUGAAUUCUCCAUCUCUUACCGCCCCGUCAAGCACGGAAGACCCGGUAUCGGUGCCACGCACUCUUCUCGUUUCAUCCCCCUGAAGUACUUCGAGGCUUAUCACUUGUACGAUACCACUGAGGGCACCAGCAUGGACAGUGAUCAUCUGUAA